GCACAAUCUAUAAGCAUUAUUGAGGUGGGCUUAUCUAAUCGAUAAGAUAUCGCGUAAACUAAAACGGUUAUAAAACAAAACAUUUCCAUUCUCAGUGAGUAAGUCGUUUUAUUAGUGUUCUGGUGUGAACAACAAUCUGGAAGCAGUAAAAUGAGUGUGCCUUUGAAUUGGGAAAAGGCUAAUGUGAGGAGCAGAAUAAGUAGCCGAGCAGUCCAAGGUGGACGAGAUACUGAUGGCACGGAAAUGUUUGUUGGGCGUGCCUUUUACAACAAUGUAUGGCUGCCAGCUAAAGUAAUUCCGUCGAAAAAUGCCUGUUAUGUGGCAUACAAUGGGGUGGAAGUUCAUGUAGAAAAUUUUGAAGUACUUAUCGGCUCAACCGAUUUUGUAUGGGAGCCCGCCAGUGAUGGUGGUGUUCCAGCAGGUGCUGUUACAACAGGUAGAGAUGGCAACGAAGAAAUUUUCGUUGGUCGGGGUCCGUUCCUAAAUUCAAUAACUGUUGGAAAAGUUCAUCCCAGCCAUCGUUGUUUAUACCUCGGUUAUAAUGGCAGGGAAGAGAAGGUUCGAAGCUAUGAAGUUCUCGUCUACAAGAAGCUAUCGUGGGUAUCGAGCAGCAUUCGAGAUGUUUUACCGCGUGAUGCUGUUCUUGGUGGCCGUGACUCUGAUGGAUCUCCGAUUUACGUCGGAAGAGCGUCUCACGAUGGUGCUACACUGAUAUGUAAAAUACUUCCAAGCAAGCAAGCUGCAUAUGUAGCUACGAACGGUGCUGAAAUUACGAAAUUACAUUACGAAGUUUUGGUUGGUCGCACUGUAAGAUGGAAAGCAGAUAAGAAUGGAAAAGUUCCACGGGAUGCAUUCGCUGCCGGACGAGCAACAAAUGGCGAGACUUUGUAUAUUGGAAGAGCUCCACACAAUGGUAGUUUGACGAUUGGAAAAGUUCAUCCGACUCAUGGCUGUUUGUAUAUGCCGUAUGGUGGAUCCGAAGUUUCUCAAAAGGAAUAUGAAGUCUUGACGGGAAUUUAAAAUGUCUUAUGAUUAAAAAGUCGUUUUGUCAAUGGGACAAGUAGAUGAUGACUAUUUUGAAUAUAAAUUUUUAUAUUAUGUGGCUAGCACUUAGUUAAAACUUUUCUUUACUUUUCAAGUCGAAAUAACGCGAAUAUCUGUUA